UCAGACAUUCUUUUCCUAAUUGAUAUUUGAAGCAAUCAUCGUGAAACUAACACUUAAACAGAAUUAGAAAUACAGAAAUGCCACUGGAAACAGAUGUGAUCUGAGUUAUUAUUUCAAAAUAAUACUAUGAAUUUGUAUGAUCAAUAUGUCAUUUGCUACUAGUAUAGGUACUUCUCCCAUUUCUGAUUUAUUGUUCUGUUUUCUGCAGGUUAAUUUCUGGAACCAAGUCAACCAUGCUAAUUUCUCCUCUGUCACUGAGUUCCUGUUGCUGGGAUUCUCCAAUCUUGGAAACAUCCAGUUCAUUCUCUUUGUUGUUUUCCUGUGCCUAUAUCUGAUUAUCUUGAGUGGAAACAUCACCAUCGUCACUGUCAUCCGGCUGGAUCAUAGCCUUCACAUACCAAUGUACUUCUUUCUAGGAAUCCUCUCCAUCUCUGAGACAUGCUACACCUUUGUCAUCCUGCCCAAAAUGCUCAUCAAUCUGUUGUCUCUGCUUAGAACAAUAUCAUUUACCAGCUGUGCCAUUCAGAUGUUCUUCUUCCUUGGUUUUGCUAUCACUAACUGUAUGCUCCUGGGGGUGAUGGGUUUUGAUCGCUAUGCUGCCAUCUGUCAUCCACUUCGCUAUCCCAUACUUAUGAGCUGGCAGGUAUGUGGGCAACUGGCAGCAAUGUGUGCUGUGACUGGCUUUUUGUUAUCACUGUUAGGCUCAUUAUUAGUCUUUGAACUUCCUUUCUGUGGCCCAAACAAGAUCAAUCACUACUUCUGUGACAUCUCACCAGUUAUCCAGCUUGCCUGUACUGAUACCUACAUCAAUGAACUAAUCAUUUUUAUUGGCGGAGUUCUAGCUCUUAUGGUCCCUCUGACGUUCAUUUGCAUCUCUUAUGGCUUCAUUGUUCACACCAUCCUGAGGAUUCCAUCAGUUGAAGGCAAGAGAAAAGCAUUCUCUACUUGUGCCUCCCAUCUCACUGUGGUAAUUGUUCACUAUGGCUGUGCCUCCUUUGUUUAUCUGCGACCAUCCGCCAGGCAUUCUUCUGGCAAGGAUAGGCUAGUGACAGUUACCUACACAAUUGUGACUCCGUUGUUGAACCCCAUGGUAUAUAGCCUCAGAAACAAGGAUGUUCAGAUGGCCAUUCGAAAACUGAUUGGCAGAAGGAGAUUUUAUCCUAAAGCUCUAUGGUGA